UGCUCAGAACUCAUUCCAUUCCGUCCAUGAAACCUUUCUGAUCCUAGUGCUCUUCACUACCAGCAUGGUUGUUCAAGUCAAAACGAACUUACCCCAGUACAGCAAAGCAAUGGAUGGAAACCAAAAUAAAGUGGAAACAAACAUCCUGCUUCUUGGUGCCGAAAAUGUCGGGAAAUCGGCUCUUACUGUGCGGUUUCUUACCAAAAGAUUUAUUGGUGAAUAUGGUGAUAUUGAGUCAAUAUACAGUCACAUUGACAAAAUUGAUGGACGGGAGAUCUCUUUCAACAUCUGGGACUCCCUGUAUCCACAGAGCUGUGAAAGCUCCGAGUCAGUGAGUGAGGAGCAGCUCCGCUGGGCAGAUGGCAUCGUGCUUGUCUACAGCAUCUGUGACCGUGCCAGCUUCGAAGUGGUGCAGCAGCAGGUCGCACUUAUACAGAAGCUGUCCUCUUCUACCAGUUCCCCAGUGCCCAAGGUGGUGGUCGGCAACAAGCGGGACCUGCAGCAUCGUCGAGCUGUCUCAAGCGAGGAAGGGAGACUACUUGCGCAAUCAGCAGGUUGUGGCUUCUUCGAGGUUUCAGCUGCCGAGGCAUAUCAUGGUGUUCUGCCUGUCUUUCAUGGACUGCAUGAGCUCAUAAAGGGAACCAAGGGUGUCAAGAAAGGAACGGCUGGUAUUAUGGGCAUUAUGAGGACUGUGUCUGCUGUAUUCAGCAAGAAACGAGAGUAGGGCCUAUUUUUAUUUUUUAUUUUUUAUGAAAGUUGAUCGAUGACUGAUAUGUCAAGUCCCCAUGCCCAGACAGCAUAAUUAAUAGCCAGAGUGGGCAAGAGUGAUAUGGAUAACCAUGGAUCCUAUUAAAGAGGAAUAAGUGCAAGAGCCAGGUUGUCGUUUUGUAAGUUGAAAGCUGAAAUGAAGAUCAAAAAAAAGUUUGCUGAGAUGGGAAGAUGGUUUCUUCGUGUAUCUGAGCAGGUGUUCGCUUCUGGAUAGUGUACAGCCAGUGACUUUCUGAUCAUGGAGUGAUACAAGCCAAGUAAAGGGGGCUCAGAGUUGCUUGAUGAGAUUCAGGAGAAUCUGAGAGGCAUGCGAAUACAUUAGAGGGUUAAAUGAAUUGUGACCUUCUGAUAAAAAUUGUGUUCAUACAGCUUGUGUAUAUAGCCUACUGAAAAAACUUUUAAUUGUUGGUUUCAUAUGUACCAAUGCUGAAGAACCCGUGUGCAUUAACUACAGUACUAAUCUUGAUUAUACAUGGAAUGUUCUAUGUGAUCAGUUUUAUAGAUUCUGCAAAAUAAAAAUGCUAAAAAAAUCAA